CCCCGCCCCUUCCGCCCGCGGCCGGCAGCGGGCGCCAUGGAGGCGGCGCCGCCGCUCUUCUCCUUCGGUGUCGUCGCGGACGUCCAGUACGCGGACGCGGAGGACGGCUACGACUUCAGCGGGUGCCAGCGGCGGUACUACCGGCAGAGCCUUACCCUGCUACGGAACGCCGUGGAAGCCUGGGUCGCCGAGCGGCCGCCGCUCAGCUUCGUGCUACAGCUCGGCGACAGCAUCGAUGGCCUCAACGCCCGCCGCGGCGAGUCCGAGGCUGCCUUGGCGCAGGUGCUGGCGGUGCUGCGGCGGCUGCCGGUGCCGGUGCACCACGCGUGGGGCAACCACGAGCUGUAUAACUUCAGCCGGGCCCGCCUGGCGCGCAGCGGCCUCAGCAGCCGUCCCGCCGGGGCCGCGGCCGGGCCGCCCGCCGGGGACUGCCAGGCCUAUCACUUCAGCCCGGCCCCGCCGUUCCGCGUCGUGGUGCUGGACGCCUACGAGCUGAGCACCCUGGGCAGGGAGCCGGACAGCCCCCGCUACAGGGAGUCGCUGCGGCUGCUGCGGGAGAAGAACCCCAACGACAACCUCAACAGCCCCGCAGGGCUCCAGGAACCUCAGUUUGUAGAGUUUAAUGGAGGAUUUGGCCAAGCCCAGCUGGACUGGUUCAAUGAAGUCCUCAAGCUGUCUGAUGAAAACCAUGAAAAAGUUAUAGUUACAGGUCAUCUGCCCAUUCAUCCAGAUGCUUCAGAUGGAGUGUCCCUAGCCUGGGAUUACCACGAUGCCCUCUCGGUCAUACACUCCCACCAGUGCGUGGUCUGCUUCCUUGCAGGGCACUUACACCUCGGGGGCUAUUGUCUGGACUCUCAUGGGAUUCACCAUCUGACUUUGGAAGGGGUGAUUGAAACUCCCCCAGAGAGCAAUGCCUUUGGAACUGUUUAUGUCUACAAAGAUAAGAUGAUACUAAAGGGAAGGGGCAGAGUUUCAGACAGGGUUAUGCACUUCUGAGAGCAGUAAGCAAAUCCAAGUGGCUCUCCUUUGGGAAGGACUCCGACUGAAAAGCAGGGAAUUCAGUUGGUAAGAAAGCUUGUAAGGAGGAAGUGCAUGGUUGAUCCUUGUAGCAUAAACACAAAUAGUUCUUCUUUGGGUACAGAACUUCAGGAAUUUGUUUCUGUCAGAAAACAGACCUAGCUUCCUCCUGGAGAACAGAGAAGGCCCAGUAAGAGUGUCUGAAAGAAAUGAAUGCAGAGUGUUGACUUGCAACCCCCAAUCCUGCCCAGCUUUGUCACUGACUGUGGAAAAAUACAAACCCUAUUAUGA